AUGAGUUUAACGAUACCUUUUGAACCUCAUGACUGGCUUAAAAAUGCCAUGGUUUACAAUAAAAGAUUCACAAAUAUUCCAUCGAAGUGGAUCAAGGAAAAUACAGAUGUCCUGCUUCUUCUUUUUAAUACCAAAGGGGCAGACAAGGAUGGCAUUGUGCAGAAGUUCUAUCAUAUUUACGAAUGUAUUAAGCAUGCUAACAUACCUAUAGAGGUUAUAUAUGUGCCGCUUGAAGAAACUGAAGACGAAAUGAAAGCCAGCUUCGAAAUUCAAGCUAAUUGGUUUACUCUUAUGUUUGAUGAUUCCCUAGUGCUUGAACUCAUGUAUAUGUACCAAAUUACUUCGGUGCCGCACAUUUUGGUCCUAAAGCCUGAUUGUACUGUGAUAUCAUAUCAUGGGAUAAUGGAUUUGGAGGAAUACGGGAAGAAUGCGGUGAUAACAUGGCUUUCCACUACUGCUUGUAAGAAGGAGAGGAAAUUGAAUAAGGAGGCAGACAUGUAUGGUAGUAAUUGGAAUUACUUGAAGAUAGGCACCGGUGACAAUAAAUCUAUAUACCGUAGGAGAUUCGCUCUAAAAUCUUAACAGUCAUGAGAUUCUAGUAUACUUUGCAUUAAAACAUAGAUACUUUAUAUUUAAAUCUAUUUUUCCUGCCUUUUAUUGAAGCUAUAAUAAUAUUUUUAAAAAAAGUUUGGUUGUCAGUGCCUUACUCGGUUUUAUAAGUUCUUUCCUUGUCAAGAUGAGCGAUAACCGUCUCUCUUUUCAAUAGACACAUCAACGUUGAUAUACGAUUUUAAGUUUAUAUACUUUAAAAAUUUUCUUAAACUUGGUAACGCUAUUUAGUAAUAUAUAAUAUUUUAUUGUAAUAAAAUUAUUUGAUUUUAAUAAAAUAAAGGGCGAAGAAAUACACUUUACUAUAUUAAUAUUUUCAUUAUUUAAGAGGACCAUAUUUUUGUAUGCCUUUCAUGAAAAUUAAUUUUUACUUGUAAAAUGAUGUUAUACGAAGCUCAUGGCGCCAUCUGUUGAACCUAGCGUAGACUAAACACAGAUUCAAAUGGUGUAAAAUAGCCGUAGAUCUAAUUUAUUGAACAAACAAGAUUUUCUCAUUAAUAAAGUUUUUGGUUAUUUGUUAAAUGAAAAAAAGAAAAAUAUAACUCUUUCCAAUUGUAAGUACAACAACAUAACUUUAUUUAAUGUCAAACAUUAUCAGAUUCUUGCGCAUGUGCUGCAUUUAUUCGAUAUAAUACCUACUCAAACAUUUAGCCAAACAAUCGAUUAGACAACGAUCACAUUUAAGACAAAAUAUUUAUGCGAUCGAUAUUAUCUGCGAUGGAUAAAAAAACAAACAAAGUAAUCAAUUUAAACAAUAACCCUUUUCUUGACAAUUAAAAAUGAUUCCGUGAUAAACCAGUUUAAAUUUUUUUUUUGUUAUUGUCCGGAAAUUUAUAAUAUUGCAUUAACUUCACUUACCAAAGUAUUAAUUAAAUUCAUUCACUCACGGGUAGCUAUAAGUAGGGCGAAAUCACGGGCAAACAGCUAGUAUCUUAUAAAGUUGUUUGACUUUAAUGAAAUUUGAUUCCAUUAGUAUAAUGUUAUUAGGGAAAUAAAUAGAAAAUGUUAUCGGAAACCCAGAGAUAGACCUAUAUUGAAUUAUUGGUAUGAGAAAACUAUAUUUCUUUUUAAACUUUUUUUUCUACUGAAUAACUUGUGGCGUAAGUAAUCGGUAAUAUACCUGAGAAUAGUCGCAAAAAAAUG